UUCUAUUUCACCCCUCUUUCGCAACAACGGGCAAGGAAAAGGAAAAGAAGGACAGAAAUCAGCAAAGAUGGCGAUCAAUCUGGGCCGUCUAUUUUCAUCAACGACCAUCCUCUCAACCUCCACAACGGAGCCUCUAACUCGCGCCGCCUUCAACUCAGUGAGUCGGCUCCUGUGCUCGUCAGCCUCGCCAUCGCAGACCCAGCACGAAAAACCCAGCAAGGAGCAAAGUGAACCCGUCGCAGAAAAACACGAAAAUCAAGCUGAAGAAGAAGACGACGACGACGACGACGAUGGGUUGGUGAAUAAAGAGACCGGCGAGAUCGGUGGGCCCAGAGGGCCGGAGCCCACCCGUUUCGGCGAUUGGGAGCGAAACGGUCGGUGCUGUGAUUUUUGAGUUUUCUUUUUUCCAGAUUUGACCAAAUCGUGGUAAUAAUGUUAUGUAAUUUUUUGUGAAAUUUUAGCUUGGAAUUGGAUGAAUGAAAUAAAAAUGGUGAUCGUAAUCUCUGGUUA